AUGAAGGUCAAGACUGUCGUGGCGCUGCUGUCGGCGCUGCUGCUGCCCAUGGCGGCGCUGGCCGAGGAGCAGCAGCCGGAGGCGGCCGAGCGCCAGCAGCAGGCGCAGGAGCUGACGAAGCACGCGCUGUUCGCCGAGACGUUCGAGGCCGAGCAGCUGUUCGACGGCUCGCGCUGGUUCCGGAGCUCGCACGAGAAGUACUCGAACCAGGACGUGGUGCUCGAGGAGGUGACGCUGGAGGCCGCGCACCUGACGCCCGACCGCGGCCUCGUGCUGGACAAGCCCGCGCGCCACUACGGCCUGGCCGUGAAUCUGGACGAGCCGCUGCGCGUGGACGGCAGCGCCGGCAGGAAGGAGAUGGUGGUGCAGUACGAGGUGAAGCUGCAGAAGGGCCUGGACUGCGGCGGCGCCUACGUGAAGUUGCUGCGCCAGGACCAGGACAAGCAGGACAAGCAGGACUACUCGGCCUUCAGCGACUCGACGCCCUUCGUGCUCAUGUUCGGCCCCGACAAGUGCGGCAAGAGCGACAAGGUGCACCUCAUCUUCCAGCACAAGAACCCCGUCUCGGGAGAGUACGAGGAGAAGCACAUGAUGGAGGCGCCCGGCAUCAAGAGCGACAAGGACACGCACCUGUACACGGCGGUCAUCCGCGACGACAACACAUUCGAGGUGUUUGUGGACCAAAAGUCGGUCAAGAGCGGCAGCUUGCUCAAGAACUUCCUGCCGUCCGUCAUCCCGGAGAAGGAGAUCGACGACCCCGAGGACUCGAAGCCCGACGACUGGGUAGACGAGAAGAAGAUUCGCGACCCGAACGCCGUCAAGCCCGACGACUGGGACGAGGACGCCCCCGCGCGCAUUCCGGACGAGAGCGCCGUCAAGCCUGCCGACUGGCUGGACAACGAGCCGGCGGUGAUUGACGACCCGGAUGUGGUCAAGCCGGAGGACUGGGACGACGAGGACGACGGGGACUUUAUCGUGCCGCAGAUCCCCAACCCGAAGUGCGCGGAGGUGUCUGGCUGUGGCGAGUGGAAGCGGCCUACGAAGGCCAACCCGGCCUACAAGGGCAAGUUCUACGCGCCGUACAUCCCCAACCCAGCCUACAAGGGCGAGUGGAAGCCGCGCAAGAUCCCGAACCCGAACUACUUCGAGGAUGAGCACCCCGCGCGUAUGGACCCCAUCGGUGCGCUCGCCGUGGAGGUGUGGACCAUGACGGGGGGUAUCACGUUCGACAACUUCUGGCUCGGCAACGACCUGAAGAUGGCGCAGGAGUUCGCGGAGCUGACGUGGGCGCCCAAGCACGCGGCGGAGGUCGAGGCGAACGAGAAGGCCAAGAAGGCUAAGAAGGGUGGCAAGGACGGCGAGGAGGGCGGUUUCAUGAAGACGCUCGAGACGCUGGCGACGGACUUUGCCACGUACGCCAAUGAGAACCCUGUGAUUGCAAUCGGAUCGGUUGCGGGUGUGUCCGUGCUGCUGACGCUCGGAUUCUUCUUCCUGUGCUGCGCGUCGGGAUCCCCGAAGCCGGAAGCGACGAAGAAGGCGGACAGCGGCGCCGAGGACGAUGCGCAGGAAGAGGAAGACGCCAAGGCUGUCGACAGCGAUGGCAAGGAGCAGAAGGUCCGACAGCGCAAGAAAGCCCCCAAAGCCGAGUAA